AGUUGCUCGUGCGGCGUACACGUUCUUUCAUUGUCUGUCGUCGCUGACCCUUCAACGCGCCCCCACGCGCACAUACGCAGAUUUAAAAAAGUAGAGCUACGUUGACCACGUGACUUGGUGACUUAGAGAGGAAAUAUAUUUGUACUUGUAUGAACGAGCGAUACGGUGCUGAGAGCAGCUGUCGUUACCGCAGUUGUUACUUCGCGCUUUUGCGCUCUGCCGCUGUCGCCGCCGGGUGCAUUCCCUGACACUUUUCCUUUCGGUAUCGAACUUGUAUUUGUGGGUGCCGGGCGAAACACGGAAGAGGAGCCGAACGAAUCAGCAAAGCAGCGAGCGUUUUACACCCCGUUGUAGCACACACACCCGCGCACCAUCACAUCGGCGCACGCAUAGAAGCGUGCAUCUUCUCCCACAGGCAGCGCAGCAAAUCCAUCGAACAGCGAAAAAAGAAACACUCAUUUGCUUCUCGUCUCGCUUCGACUGCGUUGCCGCUGCACCGAGCUCACUCGCGAAAAACCAUAGAAAACGGCAAAAAGAAGAAGGAUUACAGAGCACACAACUCAAGACAUUGUAUCAUGCGGCGAGUGCACGUGCCCGUCGCACGCCGCCUCGCUGCGGGGGCCCACGCCGCAAGGGUACGCACACAAAGCUCCGCGGCAGCGUCGUCGUCGUCCAGCUCGCCUGCGGAUGUCCCCACCAUUCGCAUUCGCUCACGCGGCUACGCGCCGUCGCGGGACCUGCUCUGCGGCAUCCCCGCUCAUGCGGCGCUGAACGUGGAGGCGACGCUGCACCCCGAAGACGCCGAAAUCCAGCGCGCGGUCUUGGCGCUGUCGAUGCCAAGUCUUGCGGAGGUGCACGUGACGCCGGUGGUGCCGCACGACAGCUACGCCAACGACAAGGUUCCCCAGCGUUCCGGCGCGUCGUACGGCGGCGGUGACGUGCUGACCCCGACGGAGCGGGAGGUGAUGGAGCAGUGCCUGCAGGAGCAGCUGGCCGAUGUGGCGAACCUCGUGGUGGAGCAGGUGGGCCAGCGCACUGGCCGGCAGAUCGAUGCCCUGCAGGUGACGCACACAGACGAGCUGCGCAACUUCGCGGAGAUUGUUCUCCACAGCAUACAGGACGAGCUCCGUCAGCUGCGCUUGACACGCAGCGCGGCGCCGGGGAAAAGGGGGGCGGUGGAGGGCGACACGGACGCGGCCCACGCCGCCCCCCCGGCAAGCGCGGCCGCCGCGCCGCUGGAUGUGGAGGCCGUUGCCCAGGUGGUCAGCGCGAAGGUGAUGGAGCGACUGGCGAGUCUGACCGCACCCGUCGCCGCUGCGUCGACUACAACACCGACCGAUGCGGCCGCGGCGGCAACGGCGGUGGCGGACUUAGAGCGGCGAACCACCGCGUAUUUUGAGCAGCUGCAGGCACGAAUGCAGCAGGCGAUGAACAGCGGGGCGGCAGCACACGCGGCGGCGCCGGAGGCAAUGGAACUGCGCGCCGCCGUGAUGGAGGCGGUGGAGAAGGCCUCCGCCACGCAGCAAGAGCACCUGGCAGGUUUAGUGAACGACUGGUUAGCGGACAUGGAACGUUCGCCGGUGGGCGGCGGCGGCAGUAGCAAUGCCGCCGCGCCGGUCGAUAUGAAGGCACUGGAAGACAUGGUGGAGAGCGCGGUUCAGACCUCGACAGACGAACUUCGCCGCCUCUUCACAAGCGAGAUGAAGAAGUUGGGAAAGUCGAAGAAGACAAGCGGCAGCGGCAGCGGCAGCAGCGACGAGGACGUGGACUCGAGCGCACUGGUGGUGGAGGUAGAGAAGGUGUUCGACAUGGUGCAGGCCACGCAGAGUCGCCUGGUCGCCGUCGACGAGGUGGUGGCCGACGUGUUCAAGGAGCAGGCCUCCACCCGCGAGGCGCUGCAGACAAUUCAGGAGCUUCUCCAGAAGCAGCUGAGUGACGUUCGCGCGAUCCCUCCGGCAGAGACGGCGGCGACCUCCGCCGCUGAAAACGAGACCAGCAGCAGCCACCACGACGCUGGCGCGAAGGACCCCGACGCCGGCACGUCCACGACCGUGAAGGCGGUGGAGGAGGCCGUGGCGAGUCUGCAGCGGGAGGUGGCAGCGGCGCACGCCCUCGCGUCCGUCCAUCAAGCGGAGACGCAGCAGCAGCUGCUGACGGUGGCGCAGGUCGUGAGCGACAGCGUCGCGGCGGCGGUGCAGCAGCACACCGCAGAGGCCGUGCAGUCUGCCAUGGCCACCGUGCAGCAGCAACUCGGCUUCCUGUCGGCUGCCGCCCAAGCCAGCGCGGAGGCCGCUGCCGAGGCACGUAACGCUGCUCUCGCCAAGGCCACAUCGGCAGAGGAGAGCAAGGAUUCGACGACAGAGCCUGCAGAGGCGGUACCGGCGCGAGCGUUGGAGCCCUUCUCGAAGGAGGUGCUGGCCGACGCUGUCGAGUCCGUUCUCACGCCGCGCUGGUCGACGCUCUCCGCAGAGGUGGAGCGGAUGAACGCGGCGAACCAGCAGGCCAUUGAGCAGCAACUCCUGCACAUGGCGAACAGCGUGGCGGCGUCGGUCACGGCGAGUCUGCAGGAGCAGCUAGAGGCGGCCCGCACACACAGCGACGGCGCAAUUGCGGCGGCGGCGGCGGCGUCAGCGGAGAAGACGGAAGCAGCCGCCAAGGAUCAGGCCGAGAUGCAGAAGAGGGGGGAAGCGGCAGAGGCGGCGGUGGUGUCGGCGGCCACCGCACUGACCGAGAAAACCACGCAGGAACUGGCGACCCUGCGCGCGGAGCUGCUCUCGACGCUGCAGACGGAGAUGCGCAAAUCGCAUGAGGUGGAUCUCACGCCCAUGUACAAGUAUAUCGAUAGCGUGCUGACCUUUAUGAAGGAGGAGUUGAACCUGCAGGAGACGAAUCUGACGUCAAAGAUGGCGUCGCUGGCGGACACGGUGACGGCGGCGGUGCGGGACUCUCAGGAGCGUCCGCUGCCACCGGCUGUGGCAGUGGCGUCUGCGGAGCCCAACCAAAGCGAUGACGCGACGCACGCAGCCGCCGCAUCCCCUGCAGAGUCGGCCCAGGUCCCGGCAGCGACGGCAACUUCGUCUGGUGAGGCAGCGCCGCCGUCCCCUGUCACCUUCGAGGUCCCCGCCUCGCUGACGAACACCCUCGAUCUCCAAACCGGUGCGCUGCGCCACUUAGAAGAGCGUCUGAACGAACUCAGCCUCAGCCAGAGUCGAGACAUGUCGACGCUGCUGACGCGCCUGCAGGAGGCCACGGCGGACUUCCGGGCUGCCACGUCGACGCCGCCCUCCGCAGCACCGCUGCAUGCCGACCAGCUCGCCUGGCAGAGCGACAUGAAAACGCAGCUGACUUCUUUAGAGGCGUCGCUGGAGAGGCGGGACGCCGAUCUGCUCGCCGCCGUGCGGGCGUCUGCCAUCAACGAGGACGUUAAGGCGCAGCUGACCCAGCUCGAGAGCACGUUAAAGUCGUCAUCCGCUGCCCAGAGGGCGGAGGUGCAGGUGGCCUUGCGUGACAUCGUCUCCAGCAGCGCACAGGAGCAGACGAGCCGCGUCGACGCAUUAGUGCAGCGCGUGGCGGAGAUGCAAGGGGCACUGCGCGAUCAGGCCGUUGCGGUGCAGCUGCUGCAGCCCUCGCCCGCCUUGCGUGGGUUGACCGCGGAGCAGCGGCAAGUGCAGGCACGCAUUCGCACGGCGACACAGGAGCACCUGCGCCACCUCACCCAAAUAAUGGAGGAGAUGACGAACUCGGAACACAAUGCUGACGCCUCCGAUGCGUCAGCGGCGAAGGUGCGCGCCGUUCUGCUGGACCUGCGUGCGCUGCAGGAAGAAGAGACCGCGCUGCACCAUAGCGCUGCCUCUUCUUCCGCGGCGUCUGCUGCCGACCCCGCCACCUCCGUUGAGUCGAUUGUACACGCCGAAGUGAGUAAAGCGCAGACGGCGAUGCAGGACAGCAUACAGGGUCUCACCGCGCAGCACGACGAGGCACAGAAAGAACUGGCCGCGACGUUAAACACACUCCUGACAAGCGUGCACGACGUGGGCGGCAGCACGAGCAGCAUCCCGAGCAUCGCGGACAUUCAGCAGCUGCUCGACGCCACUCUCAUGCGUUUGGCGGAGGAGCAGAAGGACGCCGGCCUGCACGUCACGCAGCUCGUCGCCGAGGCCACCCGUACCUCCGCUGAUGCGCUGAAGUCGGUGGUGCAGUCCACGCUGUCCGACAGCGUCGUGGCGACGGUGGAGCAGCGUAUUAUCCCUGCCUACCACGACAAGGUGGAGGCGUCCUUGCAGACACGUCUGUCGGAACAGGCAGCUGCGGUGACGGCGGCGGUAGCAGGCGUGGCGGAGCGCACCACGGCCGCCGUUGGCAAGGUGGAGUCGCUCGUGCGUGACUUCAACGCGCAGCGCGCAGACGAGGCGCAGAAGAUGCUGGCGGAGCACUACAGCGGCCAAGAACGGCUGGAGAAGACGCCGGUGAAGACCCGCAUGCCGCUGUGGUGGAUGCUGGCGAACGCGCUGCUGAUGUGCAUCGUGGUGCUGCUCAGUUGGUACUACGUCGUUGCGUGCCUGCUCUUGGCCUUCGUCCCGAAGCCGUCCGCGGAGGCGCCAGCCGGAAGCGGAGAGGCAGAGAGUGUAGCGGAGGUGGUCCCCGAUGCGAAGCUGCGCCGCAGCGGCCGGUUCGUGGACGAGUUCAUGUAA